AUGCAGGACACACUGAGCCCUCCCCUUCGAGCAGACUCUCACCCCGAGCUCGCCCACCGCCGGAAAAGCCUGCCUUCGCGGUCGAUCAACGCCCCAUCUCACAAGCACAUUUCACCUGCAUCUCCCGAAGUCAUUUCUUCCCUGAUCUCGUCCCUCUCUACCAUUUCUACCCCCGCCCAAUCCCAUUUUGACAACUUCCCCGAGAUAGGUUCACGCACUGCUCCUCCAUCCCCUGGCUUUCAACAAACGGAGUUCCCUCGCGAUGGCCGGGAGACAAAUGUUCCUUCAAGUUUGGGAUUUGGCAUGGAUUAUGGCGCCUACAAGACUGUAGUUGACGAGGAAGGAAAUUCUUUUUUACACCCUGACGAUGCUGCAAUUUCCCCUGUGGUACGAAUGGCAAAGGCUCCCACGUCUCCACGUUCACCCCGAUCUCCCCGAUCGCCAUGUAGCCCGGCUGGCGAUACCUCACCCAGACGGACAGGUUCGAGAGCGUCAAUGGCUUCGUCUCAUGCUGGUCUUGAUGAUAUAUCAGUAUUUGGUGUACCUAGUUUGGAACCUGGUCCCCGACUCUCCACCGCAAGUAUCGCGUCUUCCAGCAGUGGCGGUCGAAAGAGUUUGAAGAACCAAUUGAACUUGCUGAAGAGGAGCUCUAGAGAGUUUCCUAAGGAUAAAGAGAGUGACCGUUUCCAUAAGACAGGGGAUAAUCCGCGGUUAAACACGUCACGCAGCCGGCUAUCAUUGCGCUCAACACCUUCGAUGGCUGAUUUGGCGGAAGAAGUGAGCUUGAAUAACGGUGUUUUCCAACAGUUAGAGAAGCAGUUGAAUGGAGAGAGUAGACGCGACUCCGCCCCGAACCUUGGUACAUCGAGGUCCGUUGCCGACUCAGUCAAUGGCAGCCCAGGCGGGAUUGGAAGUGGUAGAGUCAUACCUACCCGUGAAUCCUCAUUGCGCCAUAGCUACAGUGGGAAUUCAAGCAAAAAACGUCGUUCAGCUCGUCACAGUGUAUAUUCCAACCGGGAUUUCACCAUCGACCGUGAUAUUGCGGAGGUAAACCAGGAAGACGAUCAAGUCUCGAAGCGGAUAAGGGAGCUUAAAGCGCAGCAGAAACAAAUCAAGGACGAAUUGCAGACCGAGAAGGAGGCGUUGGAAUCCACUUCGCAGCUCCGGGCACCAAAUCCCAGCCCUAAGCCGCAGUCCAUGCAACAAACAACAGUAACGAAAGAAACGGUUUUGGUCAGACAAGCUGUUCAUACAGUAGUUGAUGAAGUACAAGCGGAGCAACAUGAAAGCGCACCAUCCCCUGCCAUUCUCACGCGGAAAUCACAAGUGACCAAGAAACGAAAUAGCGGACCGCUCUCGUCAAAAACAACUAACAUUCAGCCUGCGUCGGGGAUCCAGCCUUUCGAAAAAUCUGAUCGCGGUGACACAAAGGUGUUGCGGCGACGGUCACUGCAAAACAGCCAUUCCGAGUCAAAUCAUCGACGGACACGGUCCGGCGCAGUAUCUCCCUCUCCUCGUUUGUCGCUAGGCGCGGAAGAACGACCGUCUAGUUCAGAUUCUAUCGACGACGCUGUCCGCGACUAUCUCUCAUCUCCACGGCUUACUCAGAAGGUAAACCAUCCACACACAGGACGAACGAUUGCGUUUUCAGAAGUUGGCGAUCCAAAGGGCUAUGUGGUAUUUUGUUGCGUGGGCAUGGGCUUAACAAGAUAUUUAACGGCGUUUUACGACGAGCUAGCUCGGACACUCAAGUUGCGGUUGAUAACGCCAGAUCGACCGGGUGUUGGGGAGAGUGAGCCUUGCGUUGAUGGAUCAGGGACGCCUCUCAGCUGGCCAGACGAUGUGGCCAUCAUUUGCAACUAUCUUAAAAUCACGAAAUUCUCCAUGCUGGCACAUUCUGCUGGAGCCAUAUAUGCUCUCGCAACCGCGCUACGAAUGCCACAGCAUAUCCGAGGACGGAUACAUCUACUCGCUCCAUGGAUACCCCCAUCCCAAAUGACCAGUAUGGGUUCUCACAAAGAGCCCCUCCCAGCGGGGGCCGUACCAUACUCCCAACGACUCCUCCGUGCGCUGCCAACCCCAUUUCUCAGAGUCGCCAACUCCAGCUUCAUGACCACCACCAGCGCAAGCAUCACAAGCAGCCUCCCCAAAAACUCCAGAAAAAACAAACGCCGUAGCACAACCAUCGCCGGCACCAACGAAGCAGGCUUCAACACCCUCAUCGCCCAACAGCGCGAAAACUCCCUCAACAUACCCCGAAACCCGCCAGACCGCGAUUCCCAGGACAUCGUAUCCCGCGCCACCACGAACCCCUCCGACCCCAAGGCCGAACUAGCCAUCAUCGCCGCCGCUGCCGCCGUCGACAAGGAGCGCCAAUCAGACUACGACAACCGCCUCACACACGCCAUCUGGGCGCUCGCGACGACAAAUGCCAACCCAGCCGUCGACCUGCUCAUCUGCCUCGAGCGCCGGCAGACGAUAGGAUUCCGGUACGUGGAUAUCAAUCGCGCUGUGGUUCUCCAUCAUGGCACGCGGGACACGCGGGUGCCGGUUGACAAUGUGCGGUGGCUGGGGAAGACGAUGCGGCGGUGUGAGGUGCGGGUGCUGGAGGGGGAGGGUCAUGGGCUUAUGGCGUCGGCGCUUGUGAUGGGGAAUGUGUUGAUGGAGGUUGCGAAGGAGUGGGAGGAUUGGACGACUGUUGUGCAGGGGAAGAGGGAGGGGAAUAGGAAGGGGUCUGCUGCUGUGGUUGGUAAGCAGUAG